AUGGGAAAUAGUCAAAUAGGACACACUGGAACAAAGCUUAAAGUGCCAACAGAAGUAGUGUUAAAUACUAACAAUAAGAAAACACCUAUAACUGAAAAGACAGCUGAUGUACAGGUAUCAAAAAAAAAUAUGGAUGACAAAAAAGGAGGAACAAUAACAGGAGAAAGAGGAAGUGUAACAACUGGAAUGUUUGUUCAGAAUGGGAGUGGUACUUUUGCAGAAAAGUACAAUAUCGUGUGUAUGUUAGGCAAAGGUUCUUUUGGAGAGGUUUUGAAAUGCAAGGAUAGAAUCACUCAACAUGAAUAUGCAGUUAAGGUAAUCAGCAAGGCUAGUGCAAAAAAUAAGGAUAUCAGUAUCAUUUUGAGAGAAGUAGAUCUCUUAAAAAGGCUGGACCAUCCAAAUAUUAUGAAGUUGUUCGAAAUUUUGGAAGAUUCAACAAGCUUCUAUAUUGUUGGAGAGCUCUAUACUGGAGGUGAGCUCUUUGAUGAAAUCAUUAAGAGAAAGAGAUUCAGUGAAUAUGAUGCUGCUAGAAUUAUUAAGCAGGUAUUUUCAGGAAUCACAUACAUGCACAAACAUAAUAUUGUACAUAGGGACUUGAAGCCAGAAAAUAUUUUACUGGAAUCUAAAGAAAAGGACUGUGACAUCAAAAUAAUAGAUUUUGGAUUAUCUACAUGUUUUCAACAAAAUACUAAAAUGAAGGACAGAAUCGGAACUGCUUACUAUAUAGCCCCGGAAGUCCUCAGAGGCACUUAUGAUGAAAAAUGUGAUAUUUGGUCAGCUGGAGUAAUUCUAUAUAUUCUUUUAUCAGGAACACCUCCAUUCUAUGGUAAAAAUGAAUAUGAUAUUUUGAAGAGAGUUGAGACAGGCAAGUAUGCCUUUGACCUUCCUCAAUGGAGAAACAUUUCUGAUUAUGCAAAGGAUUUAAUAAGAAAGAUGUUAACUUUCCAUCCUUCUUUGAGAAUUACUGCAACUCAAUGUUUGGAGCAUCCAUGGAUUCAAAAGUACUCAAGUGAGACUCCAACAAUUAGUGAUUUACCUUCAUUAGAAUCUGCUAUGACAAACAUUCGCCAAUUCCAGGCAGAAAAGAAACUUGCUCAGGCUGCUUUGCUUUACAUGGCAAGCAAGUUAACAACUUUGGAUGAGACGAAACAACUUACCGAGAUUUUCAGGAAAUUAGAUACCAACAACGAUGGUAUGUUGGAUAGGGACGAGCUUAUUCGUGGCUAUCACGAAUUUAUGAGAUUAAAGGGAGUUGAUUCAAACUCUUUGAUUCAGAAUGAAGGUACAACAAUAGAGGAUCAGAUUGACAGCUUAAUGCCAUUAUUGGAUAUGGAUGGUUCUGGUUCUAUUGAAUAUUCAGAAUUCAUUGCUUCUGCAAUAGAUAGAACCAUUUUGUUAAGUAAAGAAAGAAUGGAAAGAGCUUUUAAAAUGUUUGACGAGGAUGGUUCUGGUAAGAUUUCCACAAAGGAACUUUUUAAACUCUUUUCUCAGGCAGAUAGUAGUAUUAAGAUGGAAGAAUUAGAGUCAAUUAUUGAACAGGUUGACAAUAAUAAUGACGGAGAGGUAGACUUUAAUGAAUUUGUAGAGAUGCUUCAAAAUUUUGUCAAGAACUAA